UCGUUCGUGGUUCAGAAUCAGAUUAAAAUUUAAAUAAUUUUCCUAAAAGUGUACUUUAAUAACUAAAGUUAUGAAAUACAUUUCAGUGUCCUUGAUAAUAUCUUUAAUUUUUGCCGUUUACGUGAUUAAUACGAUAUGGACUUUAGCUGAAAUCUUCAUACCGCCGGAAUGUAGUCGUGGCGACCGAUGUUUAAGUAAUUAUUUAGCUUUAAAUCCAGUGCAGCAUUUAGUGCUGUAUACUUCAGUUAAGGAACAUCCUUAUAGAAAUGGAAUGUACGAAGGAUCGGUAAACAAAGUGCAUACUUCCCUUAAAUUUGACUACCUUAAUCCAGCAACAAUGACUGUGACAUUAAAAAUACCUCGUAAGACCCGCAAUAAUGGAACUUUAUUCAUGCAUGCGGUUCUGCUGGAUGAGCGGAGACUUUAUGAUGACUUUAUAGAUAUUUUUCGCUCAGAGUCUGUACAUACAUUAUCGUUAAUCACACACACUGAGCCCCAAGCAGCAACAUUUAACCUGCUACAGUCAAAUAGUAAAGGAGAGGAGAAAACAGACAAAAGUGUGAAGCCAUAUGCACAUAUUGCCACAGUAGCACCCCUGUCUAUUCUGAUUGAUAACUUAAAUUUACCUGUGAGCAAAAUACCAAGUGAAUUGUAUCCAUAUUUGAGAGUCCGAGAUGAAAAAUUUCUUCCAAUCAUCCAGCACAAUGUAUUAAAAUCUAGAAUUUCUCAUUUACAAAUGUUAAAUAGCAGUACAUCAGAAGUUAAUGUGACAGUAAGCGUAUCGCCUGCAUCAUAUGGUUCUUUACGCUUAGCCAUUCAUGUGCGUUUGGCAUUGGAGCAUUUUCACGUCCUGGGCUUCAGUGAUAAGGAUGUAGAUGAUGUCAAGGGAAUAUUUGCAGACACAAAUUUGUACUUGCUCUCAGCUACUGUUUUAAUCGCAAGUUGUCAUUUGCUAUUUGACUUCUUGGCAUUCAAGAAUGACGUUUCGUUUUGGCGCCGCAAGAGUUCGUUUGCUGGAUUGUCGGCUCGGACCGUGUUCUGGCGUGCUUUCUCUCAGCUUGUCAUCUUCUUUUACCUCCUGGAUGAGCAGACGUCAUUGUUGGUGCUGGUACCAGCUAGUAUUAGUGCUGUCAUAGAGCUGUGGAAAGUGACGAAGGUGCUCCACUUGCGAAUUCUGUUCCCCGGAUGGCGCGUGUGGCGCAUGCGCGUUUGCCGCGACGGGGGCGCGGACGCUGGCGAGCGGAGCACCGAGCGGGCUGAUGCGGAAGCCAUGCGAUACCUCUCCAUGCUCCUCUACCCCUUGUGCAUUGCCGGUGCUAUCUACUCGCUGCUCUACGUCGCUCAUAAGAGCUGGUAUUCGUGGGCGUUGAAGAGCGUCGUGAACGGCGUAUACGCGUUCGGCUUCCUAUUCAUGUUGCCGCAACUAUUCGUGAACUAUCGCUUGCGCUCCGUGGCGGCGCUGCCUUGGCGGGCCUUCAUGUACAAGGCGUUCAACACUUUCAUCGACGACGUGUUCGCUUUCGUCAUCACCAUGCCCACCGCCCACCGAGUCGCCUGCUUCCGAGACGACCUGGUGUUCCUCGUAUACUUGUACCAGAGAUGGUUAUACCCUGUGGACCAGUCUCGCGUGGACGUAGCGGCCAGUAUGGAUGAAAAUCCUGAAGAGUUGCAGCCAAUCAAGGAUAAGGAAGAAUAAAUAAAACUCCAUGAUUCCGUAAAAGGCCGUUGUAAUUUCUUUGAUAAAUUUAUCGAGCGUGCUAUGAUUUAUUGAGUAAUAAUAUACCACAUACUAGAGCAGUCCUAUAACAACGUCGAACACUGUCUUGACGAUAUCUGUAUUUAGAACGAUAUCAAAGUCGUCGAGGUAUAGUAUGUCUUUUUUAUACUGGGUACUUUCCACUUGUAACCCAAAGCACCACAAAGUGUAGAACAGCAACGUUGGCAAUGACGACUCUAAUAUGUGGUGUAUAAUUGGUCAAAUAUUUCUCCAAUUCAGUGUCCCUGUUUGUCUAUGGAGUCUAUGCUUCGAUGUAUAUAGAUAUGCCUAGUCAGUAUGUGUUUAUAUAGCCCGCGUCAGAAAAGAAGUUAUAUCCAUCUCAUUCGUACCAUAUACGGGCGUGCGAAUACAUUAUUUAUCAACAAAUAGGUACGUUAAAAUAUCGAAAAAUGUGUAGUUAAUAAUGACUCCAUUAUAUAACUCUUUACUGUACGUAAUUGGAGAGUAAAUUAAUUAAGAUUCUCCUUUUUUUAAGUCGACUAAAUAUUUAAAAUAAAAAAAACGACGAUAUUUGCUUUCCUAUCGGAUCUUUUUUAUGAGCGUUUUUAAUAUCUAAGAAGGCCUAUCUAUAUACCUAUAUCGUAUCAUCUGGUAUGCAAUAUUUUGUGAAGACUCAUUUGACAGUUCUGUAUUUAAACUGUCAAUUUGACGAUAAACAUUUUGAAUUGCGGGACUCGAAUUAUCUUCUCUCUUAAUUAGCCUCUAUCUGGUUUGGCUGCUCUAAAGAAAAUAACAGCUUAUGGGCGUUCAAACUUUAUUUAUGGAAGCUGGUAUAGUAAGCCCACCGCAAUUUAGAUAUUUGGUCAUUUUUUUGUAUGUAUAAUACAAACAAAAAAUAACCAAAUAUCUUGUUUACGUAACAAUGGGGAUAUUUUUUCCGUCUAUGUGCCCAUACAUAACACUUUCAUCGUGCGCCGUGAUUUUGGAAAAUAGUCAAAAUGGCGCCGGGUCACUAUGUUAGAUCGGUUGAAUUUCUUUUUUUCUUUAUUUAAAGCGCCAAAUUUGAUAUACGAGUGUCUCUGAAACCAAUGUUAUAUUGAAUUCGGUUAUUCAAAUUUUAGUUCCUUGGACACACGUAUUACAGAGGGAUACUUACAGUCAGUGAUUAAGGAAUAUAAAGGAACUCCCUUAAGACACUAUAGCUUGAGCUUACUAAUUCACCAUUAAAGUGACCACAUUUUCUGAGUACAAAAAGUGGUUUGUGGAAAUUGUGACACUCAAAAAAAUCAUUUGCAACAAUGGAAUGCACUAGAUUAAGUCGUAAUUUUAGUAUUUACUGCAUACAAGUUGACAAGCUUUUUUCUUAGUUAUACCAGAUCCUUUUCUUCCUAGUCAUUGAUUGGAGACAAAAGCAAAGUAAAAGUGGCCUGUCCAGUUGUAAUGUUAGAGAUCAGCGAUGGGAGGAAAUUACGGUGUUUUUUUUACCUAUAUUUUUGGUAUCCGUCCAAAUACCCUGGAUUUUAAAUCUUGGUUUUCUUAUACAAGUAAUUUUACAAUAAAUUAGUAGAAACGCAUUUAAUCAAAUUAUAAUACAAAAAAUUAUUUGCUUUUAAUAUAUUCUGAACAAGACGAGCUGUUUUGAUACUUUCUUCCAAUUAUUUAUUUAUCGAAAUAAUAACAACGCCAUGUUCCUUGUUUGAAGAUAAUAUUGUUCUUGUUAUUGUCUAUGGUUACAAUAUAACAACUAUUAUUGUGCGUGAGUGCAAUUAUAUAUAUAAUAUCUAUAAUAUUCAUUAUCUGUAAAGAACAUUGAGUAGUUAUUUAUUGAUUAUUUUAUCUAUGAAAUACCUUGGGUAAUUAUUAACAUUGUUUCUAUUUUUGGUUUACGUUGUCAUAUAAUUGUUCAGUUGGUAAUUGUUUUAAGACACGUGACUUGAUUCGGAAUUGAGGCUUUAACAUUAAUAAAAUAACUAAAUCCAUGUUUCCUAAAUGUAUUUUGUUUUACUAUAUGGUUUGUUUUAAUAACAUAUAUGGUUUGUUUUAACUUUUAGUUACGUUUUUGGCGUUGUCAUGGGCUCCUGAAGCCUUGAAUCUAGGAAAAAAAAAAGUUGAGUUUAUGUAAUUUAUUUUUAUCUGUUUUACUAGUGCAACGAAG